UCAGGCGUUCUCCGCGGGCAGCCGGCGGCGGGGCCUUGCCUUCCAGCGCGGGGUCCUCGGCGGCCUGGGUGGCUCCUGCCCCUGCUGCUGGCGUAGGCGAGGACGGCUGGUGGUGCUGCUGCUGUUGGUUCGCGGCGGCGGCGGCGGCGGCGGCGGAGGAAGACGGCGAGGCGACGGGGGACGGAGGCCGGAGCGGCGGCGGCGGCGGCGCCUGGGGCCGGCGGCGGCGAGGGGGGGGAAGAUGGCGGACGUGCUCAGCGUCCUGCGACAGUACAACAUCCAGAAGAAGGAGAUUGUGGUGAAGGGAGACGAAGUGAUCUUCGGGGAGUUCUCCUGGCCCAAGAACGUGAAGACCAACUAUGUAGUUUGGGGGACUGGAAAGGAAGGACAACCCAGAGAAUACUACACAUUGGAUUCCAUCUUAUUUCUACUUAACAAUGUGCAUCUUUCUCAUCCUGUGUAUGUCAGACGUGCAGCUACUGAAAAUAUUCCUGUGGUUAGAAGACCUGACCGAAAAGAUCUACUUGGAUAUCUCAAUGGUGAAGCAUCAACAUCAGCAAGCAUAGACAGAAGUGCCCCCUUAGAAAUAGGUCUUCAGCGAUCUACUCAAGUCAAACGAGCUGCAGAUGAAGUUUUAGCAGAAGCAAAGAAGCCACGAAUUGAGGAUGAAGAGUGUGUGCGCCUUGAUAAAGAGAGAUUGGCUGCUCGUUUGGAGGGUCACAAAGAAGGGAUUGUACAGACCGAACAGAUUAGGUCUUUGUCUGAAGCUAUGUCAGUGGAAAAAAUUGCUGCAAUCAAAGCCAAAAUUAUGGCUAAGAAAAGAUCUACUAUCAAGACUGAUCUGGAUGAUGAUAUAACUGCUCUUAAACAGAGGAGUUUUGUGGAUGCUGAAGUAGAUGUGACCCGAGAUAUUGUCAGCAGAGAAAGAGUGUGGAGGACACGAACAACUAUCUUACAGAGCACAGGAAAGAAUUUUUCCAAGAAUAUUUUUGCAAUUCUUCAGUCUGUAAAAGCCAGAGAAGAAGGGCGUGCACCUGAACAGCGACCGGCCCCAAAUGCAGCACCUGUGGAUCCCACAUUGCGUACCAAACAGCCUAUCCCAGCUGCUUACAACAGAUAUGACCAAGAAAGAUUCAAAGGAAAAGAAGAAACGGAAGGCUUCAAAAUUGACACUAUGGGCACCUACCAUGGUAUGACACUGAAAUCUGUAACGGAGGGUGCAUCUGCCCGUAAGACUCAGACUCCUGCAGCACAGCCAGUACCUAGACCAGUUUCUCAAGCAAGGCCACCCCCAAAUCAGAAGAAAGGAUCUCGAACGCCCAUUAUCAUAAUUCCUGCAGCUACCACCUCUUUAAUAACCAUGCUUAAUGCGAAAGACCUUCUACAGGACCUGAAAUUUGUUCCAUCAGAUGAAAAGAAGAAACAAGGUUGUCAACGAGAAAACGAAACUCUAAUACAGAGAAGAAAAGACCAGAUACAACCAGGGGGCACUGCAAUUAGUGUCACAGUACCCUACAGAGUAGUAGACCAGCCCCUUAAACUUAUGCCUCAAGACUGGGACCGAGUUGUAGCAGUUUUUGUGCAGGGUCCUGCAUGGCAGUUCAAAGGUUGGCCGUGGCUUUUGCCUGAUGGAUCACCAGUUGACAUAUUUGCUAAAAUUAAAGCCUUCCACCUCAAGUAUGAUGAAGUUCGUCUAGAUCCAAAUGUUCAGAAAUGGGAUGUAACAGUGUUAGAACUCAGCUAUCACAAACGUCAUUUGGAUAGACCAGUUUUCUUACGGUUCUGGGAAACAUUGGACAGGUACAUGGUAAAGCAUAAAUCUCACUUGAGAUUCUGAAUUAUUUGGUUCCCCCAUUUAUGGAAAUCUGGAUUAAGAAGUAUGGAUAUACCUUGAUCUAAAGACUGAGACUCAAGCUUUAUGAAUUUAUCAGGAACUUAUAAAUGAAGAAGGUCACAGAUUGAUCUUUUAUAAGACCUUAUUUGAUGCUUUGUGCUUCAAAGGGAUGAUGCCUGUCAUCCAUAUAAGCAACUUUUUGGCUUAUAACUAUUUUUUUAAUAUUAGCCUUGUAGUCUGUAAUGGAAAUUGUAUAUUUUGAUAGAAGUUUUUUCUCCAUUGGUUAAAUUAGCAUUACUUAAAAUUUGUUUCUUUAGAAAAUAAAUACAGGUUAUAAAUGUGUGUAUAUUUAGAGGUUAUAAGGCUCUCAAAGCCAUCUCGCUUCUGAUUUUUCAUUGCUCUAUAAUUCCUUUUACUGAAAAUACUGUGUUAUGAAUGGUAUUAAAUUUUAGAGUCUGGAACAUGCAGAACUGAGCAAAGGGAUGUGACUAUUUUGAAUGAAUCAAAAUGUCAACCUGUAUGUAUACUAUACCUACACUUACUCUUUAUUUUAAAAAGGAAUGGUGAAAAAUCAAGAACAAUUUUCGGCUUUGGUUGAACUGUUCAGCCUUUUGAAGACUUCUUUACUUAUGAAUGAAUACAUUUAAUGAAUGUACAUUAUUUUCACUGACUUUGGUGAUUUUAAAAUUUAGAGUGAUAUAUUUCUGUGAUAUCUUUCCUUUUGAAAAAUCUCAAAACACAGAUUAAAAACAUAAUAGGCUCUAGUACUUUCAUUUUGGGAGCCAGAGUAUGAUUUGGGGGAAAGAGUAUGUAUCAACUUUAUUGCAGUGUAACUUUAACUUCUUUAUCUUUUCUCAUAAGUCCAGCUUUGAUUCUUAUUUUAUAUGGUAUAGUAUUUUGAGUCUUCUGUUUCUGGGCUUGUCAGUCUUGGAGUUCUUAUCUUUUGUUAUCCCUAAAUAUUGAUAAACUCCCAGGCACCAAAGAACAUGUUUGCUUACUUAAGUGUCUGAACAGAAACAAGAUAAAAACGCUGGUAUUUUUAUGUGCAUAUUUAAUAGGGUAUAAAAUACAAAACCUAUAUUUUAACUUAGUAAACUAUUUUACUAUUUCUCUACUUUAGACAGAAUGUUUCAUCCAAGGUACAACGAAUGACCAUUCUCCUUGAGUAUUAAUUUCACCUUUUACUACUUAAAAGAAACUAGGAACCUAUGCUCCCCUACAUUGUUUUUUGCCAUUAGAAUUUUUGCUGAUCAUUAAGUCCUAUUGUCAUUUUUUCCCCCCAUUUCUUCCCACCAUGAUUCUCUCUUAGGUUAACAUGUUUUUAGUAAACAUCUAACACUUUCAUAUGUUGUUAAGCUGACAUUACCUAGCCUCUUUUUGAAAUUUAAUGCUAUCAUAAAAAUGAGAAGCAAUUAUUUAUUUUUUAAGUAGCCACAAAAGUUCUUGCCAGUAGUAAAUAGAAAAGAUAUUUAUUCACAUGGAAUUCACAAGGCUCUUCAUAAAAAAGCAAUCAGCAUUUAAAAAUAUUAGAUUUUAAUAUAUUUAUAAGAUUUGAA